AUGACCGUGUGCGCACACACGCAUCUCUCUCUCUCUCUCGCUGUCUCUCUCUCUCUCUCGCUGUCUCUCUCUCUAUCUCGCUGUCAGUCUGUUAAUGCAUACUACUACCCAUCCAUUACCUCCUUAACACUUUCUUUUCCAACCCAACUCUCUCAUCUUUUUAAACGAGCCUUCUCCUCCUUCUCUCACACACCCUCACUUUCGGUCCCUUCCCCUCCUUUUCUUUUUCGUCUCUUUUUGUUACUCGUUAUUUUAAAAAAAAAUUCUGGCUUUUUUUUACCUUUAUAUUUUCUGCUAUUCAUAUUGUUUCUUUCUUUCUUUUACUUUGAAAAUUUCGCUUCCUAUUUUUUUUUUUACUUACAUCUUUUGUUUUUGGCGUUGUUUCUUUCAUUUUUGUUUCCGUUUUUCCCUCAUUUCUUCUUCCUUUUCUUUCUUUUUCCGCUUUUACUUUUAUUUCUUUCAUAUUUUUCCUCUCGACUUCGUUUCUUUCGUUCUUCUUUUUCUUCUUUUUCUUCCUUCUUCCUUCUUUUCAUUUCCCUUUUAUUUCCCAUUCUUUUUUGCCUUUUUUCUUUUUUGUCUUUUUUUUUUGCCUUUUUUCUUUUUUGCCUCUCUUCCCCUUUUUUCCUCUCUUCCCCCUUUUUUCCUCUCUUCCCCCUUUUUUCCUCUCUUUCCUUUUUUCCUCUCUUUCCUUUUUUCCUCUCUUUCCUUUUUUCCUCUCUUUCCUUUUUUCUCUUUCCCUUUUUUCCACUCUUCCUUUUUUCCUCUCUUUCCGUUUUUUCUACUCUUCCCUUUUUCUCUUUCCUUUUUUCCUCUCUUCCCUUUUUUUUCCUUCUCUUCCCUUCCCUUUUUCCUCUCUUUCCCCUUUUUCCUCUCUUCCCUUCCCUUUUUCCUCUCUUUCCCUUUUUUCUCUCUUCCCUUACCGUUUUUCUCCCUUCCCUUUCCCACCUUUCCGUUUUUCAUCUCUUUCCUUUUUUUAUCCCUUUCCUUUUUCUCUCUUUCCUUUUUCUCAUUUUUUUAUUUCAUUAUUUUUUUACUUCCUUUGCGUUUCUUCUUUUUCUCUUUUCUUUCCUUUUCCUUCCUUCUCUUCCCUUUUUCUUUUGGAUACCAUCUCCUUUACAACUCUUUUUUCCCCUCUAUAAUAUAAUCAGAAAGAAACUCAAAGGGACACUUUGA